AUGUCUGGCCGUGGAAAAGGGAAGAAAUCCGGUGCAAAGAAUCAUAAGUCCCGUUCUAUAAGGGCUGGUCUUCAAUUCCCUGUUGGCAGGGUUCAUCGGCUCCUUCGAAAGGGGAACUAUGCGGAACGCGUUGGUGCUGGCGCUCCUGUCUAUUUGGCUGCCGUGAUGGAGUACCUUGCUGCUGAGGUGCUCGAACUUGCCGGCAACGCGGCACGGGAUAAUAAAAAGACUCGAAUUGUUCCACGUCAUCUUCAGCUAGCCAUCAGAAAUGACGAGGAGCUUAACAAGCUGCUUAGUAGUGUAACCAUUGCUCAGGGUGGCGUUCUGCCAAAUAUUCAAAGCGUCCUGCUUCCCAAAAAGACCAGCUCGGAUGAUGCAAAGAAAACUCAGUCUCAAGAGUUUUAG